AUGGAUCCAGCAAAGGAAGACAUGGCUGACCUGUCAUUAAGUAAACUUACACCACCUCCUACUCUUCCACCUGCUGGUACUAAUGGAGAGAGUGAGCCCAUCUCUGCUGCAUCUAACAAUCCUAAUGGAAAAGAGGAAGAGGAGAAGGAUUUAGGGGGAGCUACAGAAAUGAAGGGCAACUGUGAACAAGGCACUGUCCUGUUAUCCACUUUGCAAGACAACACAAAGCAAGAUUCUGGCAAUAAAGAUGAGCCAAUGGAGACAGAGCAGGAGCAGGAGCAGGAGCCAUUAAACGAAGAAGAGGAGGAGCAUUGCAAGGAAGAUGAAGAGCAACAAGCAACAGAAGGAGAUGAACCGGUUGAUGAUAACAUGGAGACAGAAUCCUUAGCAUCUCUUGAACACAAAACAACUCCAUCAACAGAUGUCGUGUCUAAUAAUACAAAAAAGAAAGACAAGGACCUGCCUCCUCCUCCAGCCACUCGCCAGAUGAGGGGCAGUAGGACCACACCCACUAACAAACGCACAAGGCGUCUCAAUCCCAAACCUGAAGAGGAAGGCAAAGGAGAAGAGGACCUGUCUGGGUCUGCUACCACGUCUGGGAACGAAACUGAGACUGAUGAUAAAGGAAAGGUCAAGGGAGGGAAAGGUCGUGGUCGUGGUGGCAUCUCUCGUCAGAAUAUGAAGGACUCAAAGCCGGAGCAAAGUAGCACUCCAGAGGAGUCAUUAGUCAAAGGUCCUGCUCGUAAAGGAGGGGCUGGAGCCCAGUCUUAUUCUGCUGCUUAUCGUGUGACUCGUGCCACUGCUGCAGCUGCUGGUAUUAAGACAGUUGAUUUCAUUCAGCUCCGACCAUCAGCACAGAAGAAGAGGAAGAGAGGGGUUGAUGAUACAGCAUCAGAUGAUACCGACCAGCCAAACAUAAAGAAGAACAAAGGAGAGGAGGAGGAGAAUGAGGAAGGACUGAGUGAUGAAGAAUCAGUCGUAUCUAACGAGAAACCAGCUCCUACUAAAGAUAAACCAAUACCAGAAAAGUCUGCACCUGAAAAGGCUCCGUCCGAAAAACCGGCAGCUAAAAAACCAGCACCUCCAGAGAAAUCCACAGCAGAAGAUACAUCUAGUAAAUGUAAUCCUCGGAUGAGGGGACGGGGGCGGGGCAAAAGAGGUGUGGCUAAGUCCGAGCAACUUGAGUCUCCCAGCGAAAGUGUUGGAGGAAAGAAAAUGAAACAAGGGAUGAAGGAUCAAGAAACUUGCCUAGAAGAGAGCGAGGAGACUCCAACUAAAGACACACCCACAAAAAAGAAAAGAGGACGUCCUAAAAGAAAGGGGAAGGAAGAUAAGGAGACCACACCCACUCAGUCCUUUCCUAACACUCCUCUAGUGAAGACGGAGGAGGUUCCAAAAGGGGAGGAGCCUCAGGAGGAGACUGGGUCGCUCUCCGAGCCCGUCAGAAAGGAAGAUCAGAUAUUGGGGCUGUUACAAUUAUCAGAAAAUGUUGAGUCCGGGAACAUUGACGAUACCAUUCCUCCAGUAGCUGACCACACCCCUGUCUCUGCCUCCUCUAACGACGAUGGGACUUCCUUGGCUACUCCCACCAACCAAGAAGUGGCCGUAAAACAAGAAAAACCAUCAACCUCCGAAGACUCUUCUGAGAAACCACAACUGCCCGCCCCUUUGGUUGACGAUGGCAAUGUUGUACCUAUAUCUCAAACCACACCCACUAGUAUCCCAAUGGAGGGACCCUAUCAGUUUCCUCUUCCGUCUCGUUACUCUCACGAUGCUUCCCCUUAUCCCUACCCUCCUCAUAUUCAUCCUUCCUUUAUGCCUCCUCCCCCUCACUCUUAUCCUCCUUUUUCAGCACAGCAUUACCAUCCUUUCAUUAUCCCCACCAGCCCUCACUUCCCUCCCUACCCUCCUCCCCCACACUCUGACUGUCUCUCUCAUCCUCUUUAUUUUUCUGAUGAUCCAUUUGGCCGCUAUCCUCCACAGUCAACUGCUGCUCAGUCUCCAUCACCCAACGUUCCUCCUAAUCCCUUGCCUACUUCAACUAGUAAUAAGGUUUCUUCUCCUCCAAUGGAAUCCCCUGUGACCACGUCAGGCGGGAACAAUAUCAAUCACUCCCAUCCAACCACACCUACUGUAACCACACCCGUGACACAUGGUAUUCCAUUGCCUCAUCCUCUCAACUAUAAUCCUUCUCACAUGCCUCCUCCACCACAUCACCACCCUGGCUAUCCAAUACCUUCCUUUAACUUUGCUCUACCAGCCCCAGACCAUUGGAGCCAUCAAAUGCCUGUUCCUCCUGGGGGCCCCCCUACUCAAGCUCCCCCUCCUCCUAUCCCUCCUCCUCCUCCUUCAACAUCCUCUUCAGCUAAAAAGGAUGCAAGACUUCCAACUCCAUUUGUUCAACCAGAGGAAACACAGCCAGUGACCACUAAUCCAGUAAAUUGUCCAGAGUGUGGGCGUCAUUUUAAAAACAACAAAGCACUCAAUGGACACAUGAGGCUUCACGGUGGAUUUGACUGGACCAAGAGAAUAUGCAGACCCUAUGUGAUGGGAGCUAAGAAGGAAGAUGAUGGAGAAGGGAAGAAUAAUCCAAAGGUAGAGCCAGAAGAAGGCGGAGUCACUGUUGUUCUUGGUGGCGGUGGUGGUGGGCGUGGGAAGCAGAAUCACAAAGAAAACAAACCUCACAAUAAAUCUGAGCAUCUAAAAGUGAAAGAGAAGGAGACACGCCUACAAGGCGCUACUCUGGAUGAUCUUUGCCGUGCAGCCGAGGAGCUUGAAAGGAUUGACCGAGACAACAGCAUAAAGCCACGCCCCUCCCCUCUCACCCUGCCACACGAGAGACGCAUAGCCUCGUUCUCCCCGCCCUACACCCCUCCCCCUAUCCUCUCUCCUGCUCGCUCGCUGGUACUGCUCUCAGGUGGCGUGGGGGGCGGGUCAACUGGAGGAGGCGUGACCGGAGGAGGCAUACCAACUCCUAAUAAGAUAUGGCCACAGAGGAAGGGAAGUGAUAAUAAAGGUGUCAAGGAUUUGGAAGAACCUUUUGAGCCGUAA